GAACUUCGAAUCUUAGUUUAGGACAGUAAAGGGAAGACAGUAGGACUAUUUUACAAACUACACAUUGAGGAAGUGAUGCGGAAGAAAGUGGGGGCAGAAGGUUUCUUUGCGGGAAUGGCAAUCACAGCCUAUAGGGACAGUUCCUAGCGUCUCUCUGUGCCCUCCUCUCCGAAGGUCCCCACUCUCCGCCCUUGGCAGGCAGAUCUGGUAGGGCGGGGUGACGGCUCCUGCCUGCCGGUCCUGGCUCGGGAGAAUUCAGAGCUGUACCCUGCGGUCGGGACUCCGGGCGGCUGGAGACCUGCAGCACCCUUAGGUCCCGGAGCUCCGGUACCCCGCGGUCUCCCGCCGGGCGUGAGGGAGCCGUCCUCCGCGCCCAGCCUGUCCCCGGGCAGCUCUGCACAGCUCUGGCCGCUCGGCACUCCUCGCCGGAGCCGGGAUGGAGCAGUCGCGGUUUGGAAGCGGGGACCACCCCAGCGGCCGACUGCUACCCGCCCCGGGGCUGGGGGCAGCUGCGCCCUCGUCGCUUGCGCCGCCGCUCCAGUCGGGAAUCCCGGCUUCCGCAGCUUUCCUGAGGCCUCCGGGCCUGUUCCUGCGGGCGGCCGCCAGCGCUGGCCACGGAGGAUGCGCGGCCUCCCCGGGGCCGGACGGGACGCUGGGCUCGGUGGGCCGCGGCUACCCGAGAACUCCCAAGUGCGCCCGCUGUCGCAACCACGGAGUGGUGUCGGCACUCAAGGGCCACAAGCGCUUCUGCCGCUGGAGGGACUGCGCGUGUGCCAAGUGCACCCUGAUCGCCGAGCGCCAGCGCGUCAUGGCCGCGCAAGUGGCGCUGCGCAGACAGCAGGCGCAGGAGGAGAGCGAGGCCCUCCGGCUGCAGCGGCUCCGGUGCCCUGGACCCUCGGGGUCUGGGGCUCUGGCGUCCCGGGGCGGCGGCAGGACCGAGAACCCCCGGGCGGUGGGCAGCGCUGCCACGGAGGCUGAGCUCGGAGCCGCCGCCGCCUCCAAGAGGCCCGCCACCCCAGCUUUCGAGGUUUUCCAGCCAGAACAAAAAGACAGUAACUGUGACUCAUGCCAGAGUGGACAAGGAGAACCAGUCUCCAAGACCCACCAAUUUUCAUCUCCUAAGGGUAAUGGUAUCACUGGGGAACUACGCAUCAUGUCAUCUAUUUCAGAACACUCAACCAAGUCUGACAGCAUCCUGUCUCCUUACUCCAUAGGGCAAUCGGGAGGAGAAGACAGUCCUAGGUCCUUCUCUUCCUCUGAUCUGGAAUCAGGAAAUGAAAGUGAGUGGACCAAAGACUACAUUGCUACCAGAGCCAGCCCUUCCACAGUUGCCUCAAGACCAAAAGAUCCUCUCGGAAUUCUUACCAAGAUUUUUCCAAGUUACAAGCGUAGCCGGCUAGAAGGCAUUCUACAGUUCUGCAAAGGGGAUGUAGUCCAAGCUAUUGAACAGAUUCUAAAUGGGAAGGAACAUAAGCCAGACUCCAGGGACCUAGCAAACUCAGAUUUGGAAAAUACUACUUUUCAGAGAGCUUCAAGUUUUAGUCUUGCUGGAAUUGGUUUUGGAACUCUAAGUAAUAAAUCAGCUUUCUCUUCUCUUCAAACCACAUCUGCUUCUUACGAAGGUGAUUCAAGUCUCUACAGUUUUAAUCCUAGACUAGCAUUCAGUCCAUUACGCCUGGCAUAUUCUUCACCUGGAAGAGCACUCUCUGGUUUUAUGUCGCCCUACCUAACUCCUGGGUUGGUUCCUGCAUUGCCUUUCCGACCAGCUUUGGAUUAUGCCUUCUCAGGGAUGGUGAGGGAUUCUCCUCACCUUCCCAGCAAAAACUUAGUAACUGCUGGUAAACUUUAUUUUCGAUCCAAUCAGGAAAAUUAAUGUCUAUUCAUUCUCCCAUUCUGUGAUGUUUCUAGAACUGUGAAAUACACACACACACACACACACACACACACACACACACACACAAUCUGUUAGUGUACUUCAAUAAGCAUAAGAUGGGAUGACUAGGCCUUAAAUGCCAUUUUUAUAAGCAUAUAAUAGACUUUAGACUUGAAGACUCUUCUUUAGCAUUCAUUAAAUCAAAGAAGCAUUUGAACACAUAUGUGCCUUGACUGAACCUAUUUCAGUAUAUAUUUUUAUUUUAAACUAAUGAAUUUUCUCCCUAAAUUAUCAUUUCUAUUUUAAAAUCAUAAAUUCUUUUAUUUUCUUGAAGAGUUGGGCUUAAAGUUAUGAAAAGUUGUAAAGAGUGAUCCAACAUGUUACCAGACAAACCAAAAGGGAUAAUUGAAAACUGAGUUUAAUUCCAAGUGGAAUUC